GCUUGCCCGGCUUCAUGAAUGUAACUCAAAAAUUUAAGCUGAACACACCACUCUUUUACGGUGCGCUUUUGUAGCAGGUUAUUCAGACAAAACCGUUCCGGAAAGGCACACCUCAAAUAUCCACAGGUCCAAAGCGAAUACACCCACCACACUCAGUGACACCUGUUCAGAAAUGAAGUAACAGGUACAAUGCACACCAAAAACUGGCAAGGACUGCUUCAGUGCCUCGCCUUACUACUGCACGCGACACGGACGCCCGGUCUUCCUGCAGGGAACGAGCAGCUCCAAAAGUUUGAGCUUUACGGGGAGGAAUUUGACGGCAGCGGCGGAUUCAGACUUGCGCUGGGAUCCGCAGGCACCAGAGAGCACUACCCGCGACCGAUGCCGGGUUCUCCUGCCGCCGAGGAGCCGGGCAGGCUGUACGAGGCGAGGAGAAAGGCGCAGGGUAGGGCGAGGGAGGAGGCAUUGGAGCAGUUGAGAGCCCUGGCCGGGGGUGGUGGAUGAUGGCUGUGCGCAAAGGAGAAUGGAUAGAGAGAGGGGCCGUUGUGGGUGCAGAUGGUGUGUUAUUCUAUUCUAGACUAGUUCUAGGGCCUGGGGCGCUAUAAGCCUUGAAGACAUCUCAUUUACUGGGCAGGAUAAGUCCUUAAAGGUACCACAGAUUCAUAGGCUGUUUGCUAUAAGACAAAAGUUGU